GGACAAAGAGGAUGGAAGCGCUGCUCAUAUGAAAAGGGAUUUUUAAAGAGUUGAAUGGUCUCCACGGCAGCGCCCAGCAGGAUCCCCCUCUGCAAAGAUGGCCUCCAACUUCAAUGACAUUGUCAAGCAGGGCUACGUGCGCAUGCGCAGCCGCAAGUUAGGGAUCUAUCGGCGCUGUUGGCUGGUGUUCAAGAAGUCAUCCAGUAAAGGACCUCGGCGUCUGGAGAAAUAUCCUGAUGAGAAGUCGGCCUACAUCAGAGCCUGUCCUAAGGUGACAGAGAUCAGUAAUGUCAAGACCAUCACACGGUUACCACGGGAUACCAAGCGACAGGCCGUGGCCAUUGUGUUUACAGAUGACACGUCUCGCAUGUUCACCUGUGAGUCAGAGCUGGAGGCAGAGGAUUGGUUCAAGACGCUGUCAAUUGAGUGUCUGGGAACACGACUCAAUGACAUCAGUAUGGGUGAGCCUGAUCUCCUGGCUGCUGGAGUGCAGUGUGAACAUACAGAGCGUUUUAACGUCUUCAUCCUCCCCUGUCCCAACCUGGACAUCUACGGGGAGUGCAUGAUGCAGAUCACCCAUGAGAACAUCUACUUAUGGGACAUUCACAACCCACGUACCAAGCUGGUCACCUGGCCACUCUGCUCCCUGCGGCGCUACGGACGUGAUGCCACCCGAUUCACGUUUGAAGCUGGACGGAUGUGUGACAGUGGUGAAGGACUCUACACCUUCCAGACCCGAGAGGGAGAGCAGAUCUACCAGAGGGUUCACUCCUCCACACUGGCCAUCGCUGAGCACCACAAAAAAGUCCUGCUGGAGCUGGAGAAAAGCAGCAGGUUAAUGUCUCAGGGCUCUGAGACUGGUUCGUAUCCCUGCACCCCCACCGCCAUCCUGCCCCGAUCAGCCUACUGGCACCACAUCACCGGGAACCAGGCCAGCAUGGAUUCUGGAAAUGGUGACGCGGCUGAAGACGAUCUGCUGUCCACCCGCCUGCCCACUGACCGCCACGCCAUGCUUCCACUGACAAACACACAUGCACAUUCUCAGCCGCACAUAGCCACACAUUCUCCAUCGCACAACCCCACCUAUCCUGGACAGUGACACACAUGACAUGCAUGCAAGCGCAUACAACCCAAACUGGAACAAACACACUCUCUUCCCGUUUGUUUUGCAGCUCAUGAACACUUUUAGCAGUGGGACUACUGGCGUCACAGACUUUCCUGAAAGCACAAAGUAGGAAGAUCUUUUGGAAAAUUAAUAUCGGACUUCCUUAAUUUAGUGCAGUUCCUGGAAUACAACAGAAGAGGGCGAUGAAUGACCUUCCCACACUCCAGCUGUGAAAGUCGACCCUUGCACUCUUCAUCCUCCUGAGAAGACCCAAGUAAGGAUUUAAUCACUGUAGAUAUACUGUACUAGUUAGUUACCCUGGAACCUGUCUGGUAGUAAUAAAUAGCGGCCCAGAUGUUGCCUGACAACUA